AUGUUCGGAGGAGAUUUUAGGCAAAUAUUGUCAGUGAUUCCUGAAGGUAGCAGGGCUGAUAUUGUGCUUGCCACAAUAAACAGUUCGUAUUUGUGGGACAAUUGUCAAGUUUUGACUCUUUAUCAAAAUAUAAGGUUACAAUCAGGAUCUUCAAACAAUGAAGUUUUAGAAUUGAGAGAAUUUUCGGAAUGGUUAUUAAGUAUUAGUGAUGGUAGAGUUAGUGAGCCUAAUGAUGGAGAAGCAUUGAUCGAAGUGCCAAAUAAUCUACUCAUCAAAGAUUUUACUAAUUCACUUGCUGCUGUCAUUGAGAAUAUCAUUGGAGAGCUUAUUACCAUUGGAAAUGUGAAAGAAGUUGAGAGCAAUGGAAACAAGAGAAAGUUAUUACAACUUGAACUCCAAGACAACAACCUAUGGGGCAAUUAUGCUGACCAAGUUUUAAGCUAUGUGAAGAAUGCUAACUCAGGAGUUGUUAUCAUGGUGAUUCAUCUUACCAAGAUAAAACUAUAUGGAGGUAAACUUACCAUUACAAAUGCCUUAUAUGCGUCCAAGAUAUUAAUCAAUCCAGACAUACCCGAGGUUACUGAUCUAAAAAGAAGCCUGAAACUUGUUGAAGAUUCUUCGUCUCAAAAAUUUAGUCACAUUCCAACUGAAAAAGCUUAUUCAAUUGAGGAUGAUUUUCUAUUAGUAACCGAAUGGAAGAUGCUGCAUGAAAUUCAAGAGGCACAUGAGGUUUGCACAUGUGUGACAUUAGCAACUAUAGAGAAAAUUCGAACAGAUUAUAAUUGGUUUUACAAUGCCUGCAACAAAUGUAAAAAGAAGGUAAAUGCUGAAAAUGGUAAAUUUCAUUGUGACAAUUGCAAUGAGGAUGCGAGAUUUGUUACCCCAAGAUACAAGGUUCACGUAUUAGUCAUUGACCAUAUAAGUACUGCAUAA